CGUGAUUUGCACUCUGAACAGCGGAGCGAGAUAUCGAUAACGAGAUGCGUCGGAGACACGAUUCCGUAACACUUCGCAUCCUUUUAGCUACCUAGCGCCCAAUACCAUGUCAUCAUCGCAAAAAAAGAUCGUGAACAUAGGCCUAAUCGGCUGCGGCGAAGUCGCGCAGGUCAUCCACAUCCCCACGCUCCUCUUCAUGCGCGACUCGUUUCGCAUUACCUACCUCUGCGACGUUUCCGCUUCUGCCUUGCAACAUUGCUCGCAAAGUCUCCCGAACAAGCACCAGACCACGCAGAAUCCCGGAGAACUUUGCGCGGCGGAGGACGUCGAUGUCGUGUUGGUAGCGAAUUCCGAUGAAUACCAUGCAGACCAUGCAAUUCUUGCGCUGCAACACGAUAAAUAUGUUUUGGUGGAAAAGCCGCUUGCGUUGACGAAGCGGGAUGUUGAAUCUAUUAUUGAGGCAGAGAAGACGAGUAAGGGGAGUGUGAUGGUGGGAUAUAUGUGGCGGUAUGCGGCUCCGUUCGAGGAUGCUGUCAAGGAGAUUGGCGGAAUUGAUAAGAUUCUGUAUGUGAGAGUGAGAGAUAUCAUUGGGCCCAACUCUGCAUUCGUAGGACAGAGCGCUACGUUUCCAAAGAAGUUCACAGACUUUACACCGGAGGACGCUCGCGACAAGGAUGAAAGAGCUAAAGAGAUGGUUAAAACAGCACUUGAAGGCGAAAUUGGAGGGAUUACCGUCACGCCAGAGAGCACCCAGAUGUGGAGGUUGUUCGGUGGCCUAGGUUCGCACGAUCUGUCUGUGAUGAGAGAAGUGCUCGGUUUGCCCGAGAAGGUCAUUGGGUCGUCGCUAGGCUUCCCUUUCUGGAACGUUCUCUUCAGAUACCCAGACUUCACAGUGUCCUACGAGUCCGGAAUCGACAACAUACCUCGAUUUGACGCGCAUAUAGAAGUAUACGGAGCCACUAAGUCGGUAAAGCUGCAGUAUGAUACUCCGUAUGUCAAGGGUCUGCCGGUCACGCUGCACAUUUCUGAGAACGUCGACGGCGCCUACAAGGAGACUAUGGUGCGGAAGUCGUACGAAGAUCCGUACACGCAAGAAAUGAAGAAGCUGUGGGGGCUGGUAGUUGAGGGACGGUCAGUGAAGACGACGGCGCAGGAUGCGCUGCAGGACUUGGAAGUGUUUGGCAUGGCGAUGAAGCAUUUCUACGAUAGCUGAGCGGUCUAGAGUUCCUGUUAGCGUCAACCUUUCUUUGCACAAUCUGCCAAAUUGAUUUCAGCUCGAUAUUAGACGUUGCAAGACCUAUGCUUGAUCUGUGUUCCUGAAAAGAAACUCUUGCGAAAAGAGACCAAAAUGGCGCGUUGGAAAGUU